AUGGCGAUGAAUCUCGACUUGUCCAACGCUGCGGUGAUGAAGGAUGACCAGGGACGGCCCUUCAUCGUGGUCAGAGAUCAGGGCAAGAAGAGGCGCCAAUACGGCAACGAGGCCGUCAAGUCCCAUAUCCUGGCUGCCCGGACCGUCGCCAACAUUGUCAAGACGUCGCUGGGCCCCCGAGGGCUCGACAAGAUCCUCAUCUCCCCCGACGGCGAUAUCACAGUCACCAACGAUGGCGCAACGAUCCUGCAGCAGAUGGAGGUCUCGAACCACGUCGCCAAGCUCCUGGUGGAACUGUCCAAGUCACAAGACGACGAGAUCGGUGACGGCACAACCGGCGUCGUCGUCCUGGCCGGCGCCCUGCUCGAGCAGGCCGCCGAGCUGAUCGACAAGGGCAUCCACCCCAUCCGAAUCGCCGACGGAUACGAUCAGGCUUGUGACAUCGCCGUGGCCGAGCUGGACCGGAUAGCAGACACCAUUGAGUUCAGCCCUGACAGCACAGAGAAUUUGACCAAGGUGGCGCGGACAAGUUUGGGCAGCAAGAUCGUCUCCAAGGCCCACGACCAGUUCGCCAAGAUGGCUGUCGACGCCGUUCUGUCCGUAGCCGACCUGGAGCGGAAAGAUGUCGACUUUGAGCUGAUCAAGGUCGACGGCAAGGUUGGCGGUGCCCUCGAGGACUCCAUCCUGGUCAAGGGUGUUAUUGUCGACAAGGACUUCUCCCACCCCCAGAUGCCGUCCGAGGUCCGGGACGCCAAGAUUGCCAUCCUCACAUGCGCCUUCGAGCCGCCGAAGCCCAAGACCAAGCACAGGCUCGACAUCACAUCGGUCGAGGAGUACAAGAAGCUCCAAACCUACGAGCGCGAGAAGUUUAUCGAGAUGAUCCAGCAGAUCAAGGAGACGGGCGCAAACCUGGCCAUCUGCCAGUGGGGUUUCGAUGACGAGGCCAACCACUUAUUACUACAGAACGACCUGCCCGCCGUGAGAUGGGUUGGUGGCCCCGAGAUCGAGCUGAUCGCUAUCGCCACCAACGGCAGAAUAGUACCGCGAUUCGAGGAUCUGAAGGCCGAGAAGCUCGGUUCCGCUGGAAUCGUCCGCGAGAUGUCUUUCGGCACCACGAGAGAGAAGAUGUUGGUCAUCGAGGAGUGUGCAAACACGAGAGCUGUCACGGCCUUUGUUCGCGGCAGCAACAAGAUGAUCAUCGACGAGGCCAAGAGAUCCCUGCACGAUGCCCUUUGCGUCGUACGAAACUUGGUGCGCGAUAACCGCGUGGUCUACGGUGGCGGUGCCGCCGAGAUUGCGUGCUCGCUCGCCGUCGAAGACGCGGCAGUCAAGACCCCUGGCCUCGAGCAGUACGCCAUGCGCGCGUUCGCCGAGGCCCUCGAUGCCGUCCCCAUGGCCCUGGCUGAGAACAGCGGCAUGAACCCCAUUGCCACCCUGGCCGAGGUCAAGUCGCAACAAGUCAAGGCCGGCCCCGAGGGCAAGGGCAAGCUAGGUGUCGACUGCAUGAACAAGGGGAGCAACGACAUGAAGAAGGCUUUCGUCAUCGACCCCCUCAUCGGAAAGAGGCAGCAGCUCAUGCUGGCCACCCAGCUGUGCCGCAUGGUCCUCAAGGUCAACAACGUCAUUGUGAGCGGAUCGGGCGAGGAGGACUAUUAG